UGCCUCUUAGUCUUAGCUACGUUUGCUUUUGUAGUAGAUGACUAGAGUUCAAUGGUUUCUGCCUGAAGGAAUUUGUUAAAAGCAUUGAACUAAGCUACGUUGUUGACGUGGCUGAAUUUCCAAGCGUUUUAAGCAGUACCAGAAAGUUUUCUGUAGUUGCGAGACUUAUUUCUUUUUCUACGGUAUUUAAUAACGUAACAGAAAUGUCGGUUAAAUAUGUGACUUGCGUAAGCAUAAUUUUAGCCAUCUCAAUAUUGGCAAAUAAACUUCAUGGAGCAGAAAAUAUUCAAAAAGGUUCUGAACAGCCGUUUAGUCCUUUUAACAUUUUCUCAUUUCUGUCCGACCUUAAGUAUUCCUUUCAAGCUAAAUCCUUGAAUGAAACUUUGGCAAGCUGUCCCAAUCUCUGGACUCAAACAGAAGAACAGUUUAGUAAAAAAGAAGAAACUGGCAUCCUAGGUUCAAUCACAAAGCUUCAAGAGCUAUGUCCAGAUAAGGAAAAUGUAAACUUGGUUUGUAAAGGUGCCAUUUGGAUUUCAGAUUAUGUUUGCACAGCAAGUCAAGGUGAAAAUCCCUUGUCCCUUCCCAUUGUCCAAGAUCUAAAAAAUCUGACUAGCGUCAAUGGCUUGUGCCAAGCCCUUGUUGGAAAUGUAAACCUUACACAGAAACUAGGUAACAUAGUCAAAACUAGUGUAAAAUCCAAUGAAGCCCUUAGAAUGUUUCCAGUAGAGGAGAAAUUUGAAAACAUUUCUAUGUUACCUGGUAGCGAAACAUACACAACACAAAAACAGUGUAUUCAAUAUUGUGGUGAACACAAUCAGCCACUAUGCAAAAUUAUUCUCCAAAGCUUACGAACAAUUUUGUCUUUGGAAGAGAAGAAAGAACAUCAAUUGGCAGAUACUAGUGCCAAUGCUGAUACAGAAUUAACAACAAUCAAUGGCAAACUUACUUCAUAUCCCACUUCCUUGACAGGUCCACCUGACAUCAAGACACCAGUCAUUGUUCAACAAAGUCAAACUGAACGAAUUAUUCAAGGGGUGACUUCACAGAUCAACAACGGGUCCUUAAAUGCUACAACGCAGUCUAUCAGCACAGUCACCCCCAUUACGAUUAACAACGAAAAGCCCGCGCUAUCUAAGGAUUCAAAUGCAUCUAACGUGCCGUCUAAAAACAAUCAUACAAAAUCUUCGUCAACAGUGGCAACAGAUAUUGACACAUCUUUGGCAACGGAAGUGACAGUUAAUGACGAAGAUUUUGGAUUAAACGACUUCGGCUCUGCUGACAAGCCACCAAUAAAACCUGCUGAUGAAGAUCCGCCGUCAUAUGAGGAUGGUGACGAUGCCAUUAAAGAAGAAAAAGAGUUAAACAAGGAAGAAGAAAAAAUUCCUAAUGAAACACAAAAGGCUGUUCAUAAUUUUGAUUCGUCAUCUGAUAUUGAUGCUGAUCCAGUCAAUACGCACUUCCUUUUCUAUUUUAUUGCCUUCGCCGUGCUGUCUGCAAGUGGCUAUCUAAUGUUUAUACGCAGGAAGUAUCUAAUCGCAUUGGUGUUGGAAGGUCGUUCAAAUUCAAGUAGAAGACGCAGUAGCUCCUUUCGGGAACGUCCUUCAUCUGGGAGUUAUCGCAAGUUGGUUAACAACCUUGAAGAAGCCAUAUCAUCAAAUUCCGUCAAAAAUUCGAAUGUAAUAUAUUGAAUGCCUUUGUUGGAUAAGUUAAUGUAUAAAGUACGUAAUCGAAUAAAUUGGUCCACAAUUCA